GGAAGGGGUGGUGCGUUUCCCUUCGCACAUGCGCUGUAGCUCCGCACAUGCGCAGUGCUCCAGGGCCGCGGGAGCAGGGUGACCCUGAGUGUUGAGACCCUUCCGCGAUGCUGAGCAGGUUUCUGGGCCCGCGUUACCGGGAACUGGCCAAGAACUGGAUCCCCACGGCCAGCAUGUGGGGUGCUGUGGGUGCCGUGGGGGUGGUGUGGGCCACAGACUGGCGGCUGAUCCUGGACUGGGUGCCUUACAUCAACGGCAAGUUUAAGAAGACUGAUUAGGCAGAUACCCACCACACACAAGCUCUCCCUGGUGUCACACUUUGCUGCCUCGGAAACUGCUUAGUCUAGUGGAGGAUACUGAGGAAGCCCCGACACUAAGGAAGCCUGCAUCUUCCCGGGAGCCUCUGAAAUGCUGGGCACCUGGGCUGCCUUAUUGAGCCGUGUAGCAUUAAACCUUGUUCUUACACCUCUGA